UGGAUGGGCAGCGUUGCUUAUGGCGGGAAAUGAUACGAAAAACAGAAAAGCAGCAAAGGGCUUUGUAAAGGAUAUCACUGAUGUACAUGAAGUAAUAACUUCAAAAUUUCCACUUGUUAUGGGUGUCAGAAAGGAGCAUGUGGCGAUAGUUCGCCCGGAAAAGCCAGGUAAUGCUGAAAAAUUCAAGGGAAAGAACGGGCAGUUAGAUGAAGCUUUUAAAAUGCUUAAAGAAAUAAACAACACUCAAACACUACUGAUCUACUUCUCCGGUCAUUACUAUGGUGGAAAGGGUUUUCAGCUUGGAAGUGAUGAGGAGUUUUUGUCACUGGAAGAACUUCAGACUAAAGUUUUGUCUUGUUUAAGUGGCGUUGAUUAUAAGUCACCCACUUUUCCAUUAAGCAGCAAGCGUCUCAUAGUAUUUUUAGACUGCUGCUCAGCGCCAGGAAUGAAAGUACCACGUUUUGAGGAGAAAUCUUGCUUAAGCCUUGUGCAGCUGAAUGCAUGCCGACCAAACCAAGAGGCCUAUGGGGAUGCUGAAAACGGUAGUAAAUUUACAUUAUUCUUUAAACAGGGAUUGACCGGAAGAGCUCUUGGUAAACAAUGCUAUAACAUUAUGGAAGGAAAGAUUAAACAAUGCCAAGAGUGUGAACUUUCAGGAGAUUUGGUAACUCUUCAAGACUUGAAUAAAUAUAUAACUCGCCAUCUUAAACCUUAUGAGACCAGUUACCAAACAGUUAUAUAUUAUGAUAAUGCGAGUGAUCUCGAUACCAAAAUUGGUUAUGCAAUACAAUACAGUAUUGGACUACGCUUCACAUUUAAACUGGGUGAUGACGAAAAAAGAAACAGUAUUCAACAACGAAUGUUCACCAAUAUGAUAUCACUUCGGACAAUUUUAUCUGACAAAUUCAUAGAGGUGAUGCAACCUGGCAGUAGUGAAGAGCCACCAUUAGAGACAGAGGGAGUCCGUGACAUACUAUGUAUCGAAAUAGAACAUGGUCCAAAGUAUGUGCAUAGGGACGAGCUGGAUUCUUUGGAGAGGGUUAUGGGAGCAUGGUAUGCUAAACGAGACCUGAUUGUGUCUUUGAGGAGACUGUCUGAUAUUCGUAAUGGAAAGGUUGGAAUGUUCUUACCGGCAGGUUAUUCAGUGAAACCGAUUAAAGAAUAUCUUGGCCAGAAUGAAUGCUUCCAAGAACUGGGACCAAACAGUGAAGAGGAUACAGUGUACUCAGUCAAGCUUGAGUCCCUGAGUGAGAUUGCAGUACAGGAAGAUAACCCAUCAUUGGAAAAAUUUGGCAGCAUUCUGGUAGAUUUGGAGGAUGCAUUAUCUAAAGAAAAGGAGUACAAGAUGCUGCACAUCAUUUUUCCUGGCGCACAUGGAAAACAAAGAAAUGACUUCAUCUGUUUUCAGAUUGUGAAACAGAAUGAAGAGGAUUAA